AUGCUAACCUCACGCUACCACGCCGCCAGACUGCUAACCUUACGCUACCUCACUACCAGACUGCUAAACUCACGCUACCACGCUGCCAGACUGCUAACCUCGAGCUUCCACGCUUCCAGACUGCUAACCUCAUGCUACCUCACUGCCAGACUGCUAACCUCACGUUACCACGCUGCCAGACUGCUAACCUCACGCUACCACGCUGCCAGAUUGCUUAACUCACGCUACCUCACUGCCAGACUGCUAACCUCAGGCUACCACGCUGCCAGACUGCUAACCUCACGCUACCACGCUAUAAUACUGCUAACCUCACGCUACCACGCUGCCAGCCAACUAAACUCACGCUACCGCGCUGCCAGCCUGCUAACCUCACGCUACCUCACUGCCAGACUGCUAACCUCACGCUACCGCGCUGCCAGACUGCUAACCUCACGCUACCGCGCUGUCAGACUACUAACCUCACGCUACCUCACUGCCAGACUGCUAACCUCACGCUACCACGCUGCCAGACUGCUAAACUCACGCUUCCACACUGCCAGACUGCUAACCUCACGCUUCCUCACUGCCAUAUUGCUAACCUCAGGCUACCACGCUGCAAAACUGCUAACCUCACGCUACCACGCUGUCAGACUGCUUACCUCACGCUACCACGCUGCCAGCCUACUAAACUCACGCUACCGCGCUGCCAGCCUGCUAACCUCACGCUACCUAACUGCCAGACUGCUAACCUCACGCUACCGCGCUGCCAUACUGCUAACCUCACGCUACCGCGCUGUUAGACUACUAAUCUCACGCUACCACGCCGCCAGACUGCUAAUCUUACGCUACCACGCUGCCAGACUCACGCUACCGCGCUGCUACCACGCUGCAAAACUGCUAACCUCACGCUACCACGCUGUCAGACUGCUUACCUCACGCUACCACGCUGCCAGCCUACUAAACUCACGCUACCGCGCUGCCAGCCUGCUAACCUCACGCUACCUAACUGCCAGACUGCUAACCUCACGCUACCGCGCUGCCAGACUGCUAACCUCACGCUACCGCGCUGUUAGACUACUAAUCUCACGCUACCACGCCGCCAGACUGCUAACCUUACGCUACCACGCUGCCAGACUCACGCUACCGCGCUCCCAGACUACUAACCUCACGCUACCACGCUGCCAGACUGCUAACCUCACGCUACCACGCUGCCAGACUGCAAACUCACGCUACCGCGCUACUGCUAACCUCACGCUAUCACGCUGCCAGACUGCUUAUCUCACGCUACCACACUGCCAGACUGCUAACCUCACGCUACCACGCUGCCAGACUGCUAACCUCACGCUACCACGCUGCCAGCCUACUAGCUUCAAGCUACCACACUGCCAGACUGCUAACCUCACGCUACCUCACUGCCAGACUGCUAACCUCACGCUACCAAGCUGCCAGACUGCUAACAUCACGCUGCUUACCUCACGCUACCACACUGCCAGCCUUCUUACUUCAUACUACCACGCUGCCAGUCUGUUGACUUCAUGCUUCCACGCUGCUACCUUCACGCUACUACGCUGCCAGGCUGCUUACCUCACGCUUCUACGCUGCCUUGCUGCUACCUUCACGCUACCACGCUACGAGGCUGUCAACUUUACGCUACCAAGCUGCGAGUCUGCUAACCUCAGGCUACCACACUGCCAGGCUGUUCAUUUCGGGCUAUUACACUGCAAGGCUGCUAACUUCACACUACCACGCAGCCAGACUGCUCAUUUCACGCCAUCAUACUGCCAGGAUGCUAACGUCAUGAUAGCACGCUUCCAGACAGCUCAUUUCACGCUACCACACUGCCAGGCUGCUAACGUGACGAUACCACGCUGCCAGACUGCUCAUUUUACGCUACCACACUGCCAGGCUGCUAAAUUCACACUACCACGCUGCCAGACUGCUCAUUUCACGCUACCACACUGCCAGGCUGCUAAAUUCACACUACCACGCUGUCAGACUGCUCAUUUCACGCUACCACACUGCCAGGCUGCUAACGUGACGAUACCACGCUGCCAGACUGCUCAUUUUACGCUACCACACUGCCAGGCUGCUAAAUUCACACUACCACGCUGCCAGACUGCUCAUUUCACGCUACCACACUGCCAGGCUGCUAAAUUCACACUACCACGCUGUCAGACUGCUCAUUUCACGCUACCACACUGCCAGGCUGCUAAAUUCACACUACCACGCUGCCAGACUGCUCAUUUCACGCUACCACACUGCCAGGCUGCUAACUUCACACUACCACGCUGCCGAUCUGCUCAUUUCAUGCUACCACACUAUCAGGCUGCUAACGUCACGAUACCACGCUGCCAGACUGCUCAUUUCACGCUACCACACUGCCAGGCUGCUAAAUUCACACCACCACGCUGCCAGACUGCUCAUUUCACGCUACCACACUGCCAGGCUGCUAAAUUCACACCACCACGCUGCCAGACUGCUCAUUUCAGGCUACCACACUGCCAGGCUGCUAAAUUCACACUACCACGCUGCCAGACUGCUCAUUUCACGCUACCACACUGCCAGGCUGCUAAAUUCACACUACCACGCUGCCAGACUGCUCAUUUCACGCUACCACACUGCCAGGCUGCUAAAUUCACACUACCACGCUGCCAGACUGCUCAUUUCACGCUACCACACUGCCAGGCUGCUAAAUUCACACUACCACGCUGCCAGACUGCUCAUUUCACGCUACCACACUGCAAGGCUGCUAAAUUCACACCACCAUGCUGCCAGACUGCUCAUUUAUUUCGCUACCACACUGCCAGGCUGCUAACGUCACGAUACCACGCUGCCAGGCUGCUAACGUCACGAUACCACGCUGUCAUGCUUCUUAUGCUUUGUUUAAAUGAAUAA